AUGGAGUUUCUUAAAAAGCUUCGGCAGCUGGACGCGUAUCCCAAGGUCAAUGAGGACUUCUACAGUCGCACCAUGUCGGGCGGCAUCCUCACGCUCCUCUCCUCCGUCGUCAUGGCCGUGCUCUUCAUCACUGAACUCCGCCUUUUCCUCCAGCCGAAGAUCGUCAACGAGCUCUCUGUCGACUUGUCGCGCGGAGAAACCCUCAAAAUAAACCUGGACGUGACGUUUCCUCGGCUGUCAUGCGCGGUGCUGUCGCUGGACGCCAUGGACAUCAGUGGCGAGCAGCACCUUGACGUGGUGCACAACAUCUACAAGCGGCGGCUGACGCCCAUAGGGCUGCCGGUGGAGGGUAUACACCCCCCUCCAAUCGUCCCCCCUCCCCCCCCAACGCCCCCCGCCUCUUACCCCUCCCUCCCCCCCCGCCCUCCUCCCCAUCAGGUGCACAACAUCUACAAGCGGCGGCUGACGCCCAUCGGGCUGCCGGUGGAGGGGAUAGACUCGAAGCACGAGAUAGGGGCGAAGCAGCACGACGUGCUCAAGAAGCGCGACAAGUUCGGCAACGUGGUGCCCGACGACCAGGACUUCUGUGGCAGCUGCUACGGCGCUGCUGAGGAGCCUCAAGCAACGUCGUGCCCGACGACCAGGACUUCUGUGGCAGCUGCUAUGGCGCUGCUGAGAGGAGCCUCAAGCAACGUCGUGCCCGACGACCAGGACUUCUGUGGCAGCUGCUACGGCGCUGCUGAGACGGACGACCAGUGCUGCAAUAACUGUGAGGAGGUGCGAGAGGCGUACAACAAGCGAGGCUGGGCUUUCAACAACGCUGACGCCAUCGAACAGUGCAAGAGGGAGGACCUGAUAGACAAGAUCCAGGCGCAAGUGGGCGAGGGGUGCAACAUGUAUGGCGUGCUCGAGGUGAACAAGGUAGCAGGCAACUUCCACUUCGCCCCGGCAAAGGUGUUCUACACGGCAGGCAUCUCCAUCUUUGACCUCGUCAUGUUCCACGAUACUGUCUUCAAUAUAUCUCACACGGUAAACUCCCUCUCAUUUGGUGCCAAGUUCCCGGGAGCCGUCAACCCACUGGACACGACGCAGUGGGUGCAGGAGGGCGAGUCAGGCAUGUAUCAGUACUUCGUCAAGGUCGUACCCACCAUGUACACUGACUCCCACAACCACACCAUCGCCUCCAACCAGUUCUCAGUGACGGAGCAUUUCCGGCCAGCACCAUCGCAUGACCAGCAAUCGCUGCCAGGAGUCUUCUUCUUCUACGACCUCUCCCCCAUCAAGGCAAGAGCCCCUUUUUCCUCUUCAAACAUCGCAAAGUAUGGUCUCGCUCUCAUCAGGGCUAGCGAGGUGAAGGAAGGCACGAAGGAGAAGGUGGAGGGAGCCAAGGCGGGGCUCAAGGAGUCGAUGGAGUAUGCCAAAGCGGACAUGAAGCAGACCUUCGAGAAGCUCAAGCACCCCAUGAACAGGGAGAAGAAUCUGGAGGCUCGUGAUGAGGCGUUCGAGAAGAAGCUGGAAGCAACGAGGGAGAAGCUGGAGAGGAAGGAGAUCGCCCACGAGCGACGCCAGGAGGCCACUGAAGAGGCACUUCACAAGGUGCAUGCAUCCAAGGCGGAGAAGGGAACGGCUCAGCACGGAGUGACGCCAGGUGCUGCCGGUGCAACUGCUGCUGGCGUUGGUGCUGCUGGUGCUGCUGGUGCUGGCGCUUACGGUGCAAGCCACGAGCGUGAGCGUGGAACUGGCCUGGGAACGCACGAGCGUGGUACUGGGACCGGUUACAGGGAGACUGGCACCGGGUAUGGUGCGAGCCAAGAGCGUGGCACUGGAGGUGAAGGCGUGAUGGGGAAGAUAAAGCACGCUGUGACUGGAAAGCCUUCUGCGGAGCACCAUGAGCGUGGCCCGGGUUAUGGUGAGAGUGCCACUGGCUAUGGUGGGACUGGCACUGGCUAUGGUGCAAGCCAGGAGCGUGGGACUGGAGGCGAAGGUGUGAUGGGCAAGGUCAAGCACGCUGUGACAGGAAAGCCCUCUGCUGAGCGCCACGCUGAGACUGGCACUGGGAUGAGCCGUGUGGCCAGCUUAUCCAUUGGCUCCCGAGUGGCGGGUUUCGCGGGUCUCUGCGUCGCCUCCAAUCAGGACGAGCAGGGCGGUAAGCGUCGGCGACGUGGCGCACGCCGAUUCGCCGGACUGGUGCUGGUAUCGUCAGCCGCCGCUACAGCCACACCCGCUACAGCAACCCCUGCUACAGCUGCUACAGGCGAGAAGAAGACCUGCUGUGGAGGGAAGAAGCCGAAGGUCGAGGAGAAGAAGAAGAGCUGGCCUCAGAUCAUCCUAGAGGGAGCAGUGGCAGGAGGAGCAGCAGGAGUGACGGUGGAGACGGCCUUGUACCCGAUCGACACCAUCAAGACGCGCCUGCAGGUGGCCACCUCGGGAGGCGGCAUCAACUUCAAGGGGCUCUACUCGGGGCUCUCUGGCAACCUCGUGGGCGUGCUGCCAGCAUCAGCCAUAUUCAUAGGCGUGUACGAGCCGGUCAAGGCCUUUCUCUUGAACGCCCUUCCUGACAACAUCAGCGUUGCUGCUCACCUGGCAGCAGGAGCAGCAGGAGGCACAGCAGCUUCGCUCGUUCGAGUGCCCACUGAGGUGGUGAAGCAGCGCAUGCAGACAGGGCAGUUCCCCACUGCAGUCAACGCUGUCAAGACCAUUCUCUCAAAGGAGGGAUUCAGGGGGCUCUAUGCGGGUUAUGGCUCCUUCCUUCUGCGAGACCUGCCAUUUGAUGCCAUCCAAUUUGCCAUUUACGAGCAGCUCAAGAUCCAACUCAAGAAAACGCUGAAGCGGGACCUUAAGGAUCCAGAGAUGGCAGUGGUGGGGGCAAUCUCAGGUGCCAUCACAGGUGCUGUCACCACUCCUCUUGAUGUCAUCAAGACUCGGCUCAUGACCCAGGGGACAUCUGGGCAAUACAAGGGCAUCAUUGAUUGCAUUCAGAAGACAGCCGCACAAGACGGAGCUGGCGCUCUUUUCAAGGGUGUUGGCCCCAGAGUUAUGUGGAUCGGUAUUGGAGGGUCGAUCUUCUUCGGAGUUCUUGAGAAGACAAAGCAGCUAAUGCACCAGGCAUACCACACACCUCCCCCAUCAGAGGCAUAUUUCUAA